AUGACGGAAGUUGGAAAUCGCAAAUACGAUCUCACGCUUCAGUGCAUUGUUUUUAACUCUUAUCUUCCUUCCGGCUCGUUCGCCCUGACCACUAUCCUUCUAUGGGACACCGGACUAGUCGAUAUCUCGGAUGAAUGUAUACGAACUGGAAAACGAGUCAAGGAUCAAGCUAUGGCCGAGCUCAUUUUCUACAUGAAAAAUCACAAAAAAAUCGAGGAACCUGGAAUUCGAAUUGCAUCAAUUGUAAACUUCCUGCCCGCUGUGUAUAAGAGUGCCAGGAGGAUUCAAGAUGAUGUGGAAGUGACACGAGUAUUCAAUAUCUAUACAGCGACAGAAGAGUUUUGUGAAUUGAUAAGCGGGAAUUUUUGUUAA